AUGGCUGACAUGUCUGUUCACCGUCGUGUGCACGCGAUCGAUGCUGCGGCGAAGGUUCAGGAAUCCAUCCGGCGCUUGUACCAUGAGGACUUGGAGAAGAGGGGCGCGUGGAUGCGCACGCAACUGGCUGGGAAGAUGCAAGCCGAGAUCGACGAGGAAGAGGCAUUGUGGAGGUCCUCUGUGCACGCACUCGCGCUGGAGCGUCGGGGUGCGAGUCCCAACGGUCGCAACCAGGCACAGUCGGGAGAUCGUCCACGCUCCCUCAUCGUGAAUUCAGGAAUCGCGCUUAGAUGGAGGGUAGCGAAUCGAACAGGAUUCUUCUGCGACAAGAUGGGUUUCCAAAUUGAACUGUUUGUUUGCGCCGUGCUUCGCACCAUCGAAUCAUCCACCUGCACUUUUCUUGACGCUGCGAAGGUGCCGACGGUGCCGAUGCCAGAGAGGCGGCACGAUCUGCCAGCGGCUGGGCAGAAGCCUGCACAGGGCUCACAUGGCUUUCGACGAAGGUCAGAACACUCAAACGAGCUCCAGGCAAAUGAGAAGGGACUUGUCUACGAUGAGGAGGACUCAAGCGACAGUGCCGACGAAGCUGCUCAGAGGAUUCAAGGCGUCCAGCGUGGCAGACAAGCACGAAGGCUCUUGGCGGCUGAGCGGCAAAGCCAACACAGCAGCGUCGACGAGGCAAGCUCGCAGCUAGGGGACGACUCGGCCGACACCCAGCGUGCCGAGGCCGCUACAAGGAUCCAAAGCAUCCAGCGUGGCAGACAAGCACGAAGGCUCAUGGCGGCUAAGCAGCAAAGCUCGCAGCAAGAGGACGGCACGGCCGACACACGGCGUGCCACGGCCGCUACAAGGAUCCAAAGCGUCCAGCGUGGCAGACAAGCACGAAGGCUCUUGGCGGCUGAGCAGUACAGCCAACACAGCAGCGUGGACGAGGCAAGCACGCAGCAACAAAACGACUCGGCCGACACACAGCGUGCCGAGGCCGCUACAAGGAUUCAAAGCGUACAGCGUGGCAGACAAGCGCGAAGGCUCUUGGCGGCAAAGCAGCAAAGCCAACACAGCAGCGUGGACGAGGCAAGCUCGCAGCAAGAGGACGACUCGGCCGACGCAAAGCGUGCCGAGGCCGCUACAAGGAUUCAAAGCGUCCAGCGUGGCAGACAAGCACGAAGGCUCUUGGCGGCUAAGCAGCAAAACCAACACAGCAGCGUGGACGAGGCAAGCUCGCAGCAAGAGGACGACUCGGCCGACACAAAGCGUGCCGAGGCCGCGAAAAGGAUUCAAAGCGUCCAGCGUGGCAGACAAGCACGAAGGCUCUUGGCGGCUGAGCAGCAAAGCCAACACAGCAGCGUGGACGAGGCAAGCUCGCAGCAAGAGGACGACUCGGCCGACGCAAAGCGUGCCGAGGCCGCUACAAGGAUUCAAAGCGUCCAGCGUGGCAGACAAGCACGAAGGCUCUUGGCGGCUAAGCAGCAAAACCAACACAGCAGCGUGGACGAGGCAAGCUCGCAGCAAGAGGACGACUCGGCCGACACAAAGCGUGCCGAGGCCGCUACAAGGAUUCAAAGCGUCCAGCGUGGCAGACAAGCACGAAGGCUCUUGGCAGCCAAGCAGCAAAGCCAUCACAGUAGCGUGGACGAGGCAAGCUCGCAGCAAGAGGACGACUCGGCCGACACACAACGUGCCGAGGCCGCUACAAGGAUUCAAAGCGUCCAGCGUGGCAGACAAGCACGAAGGCUUUUGGCGGCAAAGCAGCAAAGCCAUCACAGCAGCGUGGACGAGGCAAGCUUGCAGCCAGAGGACGACUCGGCCGACACAAAGCGUGCCGAGGCCGCUACAAGGAUUCAAAGCGUCCAGCGUGGCAGACAAGCACGUUGGCUCUUGGCAGCCAAGCAGCAAAGCCAUCACAGCAGCAUGGACGAGGCAAGCUUGCAGCAAGAGGACGACUCGGCCGACACACAGCGUGCCGAGGCCGCUACAAGGAUUCAAAGCGUCCAGCGUGGCAGGCAAGCACGAAGGCUCUUGGCGGCAAAGCAGCAAAGCCAUCACAGCAGCGUGGACGAGGCAAGCUCGCAGCAAGAGGACGACUCGGCCGACACACAGCGUGCCGAGGCCACUACAAGGAUUCAAAGCGUCCAGCGUGGCAGACAAGCACGAAGGCUCUUGGCGGCUGAGCAGCAAAGCCAACACAGCAGCAUGGACGAGGCAAGCUCGCAGCAAGAGGACGACUCGGCCGACACACAGCGUGCCGAGGCCGCCACAAGGAUUCAAAGCGUCCAGCGUGGCAGACAAGCACGAAGGCUCUUGGCGGCUAAGCAGCAAAACCAACACAGCAGCAUGGACGAGGCAAGCUCGCAGCAAGAGGACGACUAG